AUGGCUAGCACCCUCAACUUCAUGUGCGUUGCUUAUCUCUUUCCCAUUUUUCUCUUCUUUCUGUUGGGACCUCCCCACCUAGAAGUUAUUAAACAGGCUUCAUGCACCGAGACCCUCAAUCCUAGAUGCUUGGAGAUGGAGAGGAAAGCACUUCUUACCUUCAAAGAAAGUGCCAAAGAUCCACGAGGUCAACUUUCUUCUUGGAUUGGUGAAGAUUGUUGUAAAUGGGCUGGUGUUGAAUGUGACUACCACACAAGACAUGUGGUCAAGCUUGACCUUAGUCCAAGUACUUGGGAUUCUACGAGAUUGCAAGUUGAAAGCCUACAAUGGCUUACUGCUUUUCCUUCUCUCGAGUACCUUAAUAUGGGGAAUGCUGAUCUUGACAAAGUGCCAGAUUGGCUACAAGCGGUGAAUAUGCUCCCUUCCUUAAUGGAGUUACACCUACGAGAAUGUGGCCUUGUUAGUCUUCCCCAAUCUAUUUCUUUCAUCAACUUCACUUUGCUUUCAGUCCAUGAUCUCUCUCGCAACAAAUUUCACUCCCCAAUACCUUAUUGGUUGUCAAAUUUGGAUCUUUCAAGGAAUGAAUUUAUUGAAGGUCCACUACCAGCUGGUCUGGGAAAUCUCACCAAUUUGCAUAAAUUGUCUUUACCUAGAAACAAUGUUACCGGUGUAAUACCAAGAUCAUUUGCCAACCUCUGCAACUUGCGAACUUUUGAUCUGGGGUUCAACGAUAUAGGUGGGGAGGUGACUGAGCUUUUGCAUGGCUUGUCUCAGUGUUCCAACAGCAACCUAGAAUCAUUAUACUUGAGUGGUAAUAAAUUACUUGGGGGAAACAUGCCCUACACAUUGGGAGGAUUGAAGAAUUUGAAAUCUAUUCGUCUCAGGCACUGUUCUAUUUGGGGCUUAAUUCCCAUUUCUAUUGGGAACUUGUCAUCCAUAAGAAGACUUGACCUCCUGAACAAUCAGAUGAAUGGAAGCAUUCCCGAAAGCAUUGGGAGACUAUCACAGCUUUUGUCGUUGGAUUUGAGCCAAAACUUUUGGUACGGUAUCUUAAAAGAAGCACAUUUUCAGAACCUCUCUCGAUUAGAGUGGUUGGAUUUGUCAUCAGAUUUGCCUACAAAUACAUUGGCUUUAGAAGUACAUCAGGACUGGGUUCCUCCUUUCAAGAUACGGAUUCCUGAGACUAUUGGAAAUUUGAAUGCUUUAGAAUCACUUGAUCUCUCUAGAAAUGGGAUUUCUGGUUCUAUCCCCGACAGUUUAUCUUCUUUGCACUUCUUAAGCUACUUAAAUUUGUCAUUCAACAACUUGUCUGGAAAGAUUCCACGUGGGAGUCAACUUCAAACACUCAAUGACCCUUCUAUCUAUCAAGGCAACUCUUUACUUUGUGGUCAUCCUCUUCCGACAAAGUGCCCGUGGGAUGAAACUGAACCUGGUCAUGCAGCACCGAUUGAUGACGGCAAGGUGGACGAAGAUAAUGAAGAUAGAAUUGACUCACUAUUGUUCUACCUAAUUGUGGCAGUUGGUUUUGUUGUUGGAUUUUGGGGAGUUUGCGGGACCCUUAUUGUUAAAACAUCAUGGAGGCUCGCUUACUUUCGGAUGUUUGAUAAUUUGAAAGACAAGAUUGCUAUUUUCAUUAUGUACUUUGUGUUGCUAACUGAGGAGAUCAGGGCUGGUCUUACUCAUGAUGUACUCACCUCUUUGCAUAGGCCGGAUAUUAAGCUUAAGCACAUGAUACGUGCUAAGCUUUAUGCUCUAAAUUCACUUGUAGAUUCUGAUAUUCACAUCCAAAAAUUGAGCAAGCUGCAAGAAAUGGAUAUACCUAAAGAUGAGAAAGAUCAAGAUCUUGUGACUUAUCGACGGUGGUUGUGA